UGGUGUUAAGGUCCAGUAACCCAACAAAACCCAGCUGAACUGAUCUCACUCGCUGGAUAUAAUACAUAACAAGAGGAGUGACUGGAUCUGACUCAGCUUGUCACAUGCACUAGUUGGAGGGGAAAGUCAGACUGAGUGUGGGCAUCCUGUAAUUAAGUGGCUGAUCAGUCCUGGACCAUGAAGCUUAGAGUGGCGUUGUUCUUCGCAGGGCUCUUUGGGGCGUUGGCAGCUGUGUUCAUCCUUCUCUCUUUUGGAACCGAUUACUGGCUGCUGGCUUCAGAGAGCUGCCAGUUAAGGCCUAAUGGAUCUGCUGGCCCAGGCGGUGUGACCAUAAAGCCUGGAGAUGUGGUGCUGGAGGGCAAGGGCAGUAGUGAUGUCACUCUGUACCAUGAGGGUUUUUUCUGGAGGUGUUCCUUUAAAGGCGACAUGGAGGAUGACGACCUGCUGAAGAGACUCUGGUUCACCAAUCAGCCUGACUCAAAAGUAUGUAUGCCUGCCUACCUCUUCCCAUUCCCUGUGUCUCAUCAGACCCACAAUGCCACAGAGUAUGAGUCUUCCAUAACUUACAGAGGUUUCUGGAGCGUCUUUAUGCUCAUUGCUGUGGCAGCUGUGGUGAUUGGCGGCUUCAUCAUCAUCUGCGCUGCUCCGUUUGCCGGCCACCGCUUGUAUAAAGCAGGUGGUGGCCUCUUUUUGAUAGCUGGUUUUUUCCUGCUGUGUGUGGUGGUCAUGUACGUACUGUGGAUGCAGGUGUUGGAUGUGAUGGACCUUUACAUAGCGCACCAGCGUGCUCUGUGUUCAGACUUCCACCUGACCUUCAGCUACGGUCUCUCCUUCAUGUUUGCCCCAAUCGGCAUCUUCUUCUGCUUCCUGGCCGGCCUUCUUUUCCUCCUCAUUGGCCGAACCAUCCAGAUUCACUCCCAGUGACUUACCAGCAGUAGAAGAAGAGCCCGAAAUGCCGGGAUUGUAUGAGUGUUUUAUACUGACACAUUUAGAUGUUUUUCUCAGUCUUUCUGUCGUGUAAAAGCAGGAAUCGGUUUGGCAAUUAUGUGGCACAUGCUUGAAUAUUUUCAGCUGUUGUUGAGCUCAUCGUGCUCACUCAAACCUGAGUCAUUUUCAGCUCAGCUAAGAUAGCACUGAGACUGCGGAGGUCCCAAAACAUCUAAAAUGAAAAAUAAAUAAGAAAUUUAAAAAAUGCACAAAAAUGAAUAUUUAAAAUAAACUGAGGCGUUAAUUUAAGGUUAAUUUCUGAAAUGUGCCAUAAAUUGAUAUUUCUGCUGGUGUUGCAUUUAUUUACCCUUCUGUUAAUUUGUCUGCUUCCAUAUUUAAUAUUUCUUACUUAUUUAAUUUCUCUUGUAUUUAUCAUAUUUAUUAAUAAUGAAUAUAAAAGAUUUUAAAUGUAUAUAUUAAUUAAUUUAAUUAUCCCCUAGUUUUUUCCCUGAAACUUCCCCCAAAUUCACAUUUUCUUUAUCAAAGAAAAAAAUAAAUACAGAAGCAAAUGAAAAUAGAAAUAUCAGUGUGUUGGGUGUUUUAUAAAUUGAUCCGUGCCUGUGUUUAUUUUGAUGUAAUUCUUAAUGCAUUUAAAGGCACAUUAAUGCAUUUAUGACGACAUUUAAUUAUGCUUUUAUUUAUUUUUUUAUUCUUGAAGUUUUGGUCCUCUGCUGUAUUGUGGAGCACAGCUUUAUUAGAAUCUCGUGUGUCUGUGAUACUUUGAAGUAUUUUCUGAGUGUUUUCAUGCAAUUCAGUCACCAGCAGUGAUAUGUUAGUAUGGAAGAGUGGUGUAUGCUUGGAAAUAUUAAAGGUAUGGGUUGAAAAUGUAAUUAAAAAAUAUAAAAGAGUUUGUAAAAUUAUCUACAAAAAGCUUCUAAGGUGGCAUCAUGAUCUCUGCGUAUAGUAACGGGAAUCAGUACUGGGAAAUAACUUCUGUCAGCUCAUCGCUUUAAAGGUUAAAGCUGGUAAUUCUUGAUAUUUGUUAUCCUCCAUUAAACCCAUGUAAACACCAAAACCAUCAGUAUUUUCUUAAACUGCCAUUCUCUGACUGUAAGGACAAUCCAAAUAUGAAAAAAAUAAGUUUAAUUGAUCCUUAAUUAUUCCAGUGUUUUUAUUUUUUAAUCAAAUAUGACUCGAAGAAGAAAAAAAGUAGAAUUUUUUUCUGUUCAGAGCUGAAUAUUAAUACACUGGUGAGUAUUUACACAAGCAGGUCAGCAGAUGUGCAUCAACUCAAAUGAACCGUACCCACGUCAGUGCAAAUGGUAUCCCUAAUUUCUGUGUUUUAAAUAGUUUCUGGAUAACAGUGGAGCUCAUGGUACAGAUUCAUAAGCUACAGAGUCUCAGGUUGUGGGUGAACAUUUUUAUUGUUGGUUUUGGUGCUUUUUGAUAAUCAGGUGAUUGCAGGAUAAUAUUAAUGCAUCUCAUUAUGUUAUCAGAUAUUUAUUUGUCACUGUGUGUCAACAUUUGCUUAUUUGUCACCUAAAAGUCUGCAUUUUUAGCUUUGACGACAUUAUUGGCUCGGCACAGGCAACAGUUUUAUGUUAACGCUGUUCACAGUUCCCUUUCUUUUUGAGUUGUUCUGAGUGAGUUGUCAGAUAUAACGUCAUGUCUGUCAAAUAUGUGUACAUAUAUAUAUUUUCUGUGAUCUGCUUUUGCUGCCAAUUAAAAUCCUUUUGCCAUUGUU